AUGGAGGCUCACAACGGGACAGCCCCGCUCAACUUCACCCUCCCGCCCCACUUCGGCAAGCGCCCCACCGACACGGCCCUGAGUGUCAUCCUGGUGUUCCUGCUGCUCAUUAUCAUGCUCUCGCUGGGCUGCACCAUGGAAUUCAGCAAGAUCAAGGCCCACUUCUGGAAGCCCAAGGGACUGGCCAUCGCCCUGAUGGCCCAGUACGGUAUCAUGCCUCUCACUGCCUUUACUCUGGGCAAGGUCUUCCGGCUAAACAACAUCGAGGCCCUGGCCAUCCUCGUCUGCGGCUGCUCCCCUGGCGGGACCCUGUCCAACAUCUUCAGUCUGGCCAUGAAGGGGGACAUGAACCUCAGCAUCGUGAUGACCACCUGCUCCACCUUCUUUGCUCUGGGAAUGAUGCCCCUCCUCCUGUUUGUCUACUCCAGGGGGAUCUAUGAUGGGGAUCUGAAGGACAAGGUACCCUACAAAGGCAUCGUGAUAUCACUAAUCUUGGUUCUCAUUCCUUGCACCAUUGGAAUCUUCCUCAAUGCCAAACGGCCGCAAUAUGUACGCUAUGUCACCAAGGGAGGGAUGAUCAUCAUGCUCUUGUUAAGUGUGGCCAUCAUAGCACUCUCUGUCAUCAACGUGGGAAAGAGUAUCAUGUUUGUCAUGACACCACACUUGCUGGCCACCUCCUCCCUGAUGCCUUUCGUCGGCUUCCUGCUGGGCUACGUCCUCUCUACCCUCUUGCGCCUCAAUGGACGGUGCAGCCGCACUGUCAGUAUGGAAACUGGAUGUCAAAAUGUUCAACUUUGCUCCACCAUUCUCAAUGUGACAUUUCGCCCUGAAGACAUUGGACCACUUUUCUUCUUCCCUCUCCUCUACAUGAUUUUCCAGCUUGGAGAAGGGGUUCUUCUUAUCCUCAUCUUUCGGUGCUAUGAGAAAAUGAAGUCUUCCAAGGAUAAAACAAAAAUGACCUACACAGCUGCUGCAACUGAAGAAGCCAUUCCAGAAACUCUAGGAAAUGGCACCCACAAAGGGGAGGAGUGCUCCCCUUGCACAGCCCAGCCUUCCCUGAGUGGCCUGGAUUCUGGUCAGAAGGCAAUUCAGUGUGAUCAACUAGAGAGCAAAAGAUGAAAGAACACCAGAGACGGAGUCUUUCAAGACUGCUAGCAGGACUACCAGAACUGACAAGUCUUGCCUGGAGGGUCCACCUGAAGAGCCUCACGUAUCCCCAGCUCAGAGAUGGGAUACUUGUUUAAGAAAUAAAGACUUGUUCGAAGACAGCCCUAUGAAAGCAGAAACCAAAAGUGCCUUUUGUCCCUGAAUUUCCAGAAGUGUUCCACAGGCACAUAAGACACACUCAACUUCUGAACUAGACAACAAAUAGGGGCCUUUUACCCUAAAAUCAAAUAUCCAAAUCCCAUUCCAACCUUUUUGACAGAAAAUGGGGAAAAAAAAUGCUCAGAGCACUGCCAAAUUUCAAACGCCCAAAGUCCUUUCUAACCUUAAAAUUUCCCUUCUGUUAUUUCUGGGAUUAAAGCUCCUGAGAACAACAACAUGACCCUAAAUGUACAAAAGCAGACAUG